AACAGCUAGCUAGCUAUCUUACCUUUUUUGAAGGGGAAAAAAACCAACCGACGAAGAAAGGGAGCGAGAGCAAAAGACUAAAAACGUAAAAAAUAGUAAAGGGAGAACGGCUUACUUGUUGAGGGCGUAGGGUUUUGGUCGAAGGAGGAGAAUCGGGAGAGGAUGAUAGACUUUGCUCGUGUUCAGAAGGAGCUACAAGAUUCUGGCAGAGAGAAAGACUCUUCGGGCAUUAGGGUCUUCCCGAAAUCAGACAAUCUUGCUCGCUUGACUGGCAUCAUCCCUGGCCCCCUUGGCACUCCCUAUGAAGGGGGCUCAUUUGAAAUCGAUAUCACAUUGCCUGAUGGUUAUCCCUUUGAGCCUCCCAAAAUGAAAUUUGUGACCAAAGUUUGGCACCCAAACAUUAGCAGUCAAAGUGGGGCGAUAUGCCUGGAUAUACUGAAGGACCAGUGGAGCCCUGCUCUCACUCUUAAGACAGCCCUUCUUUCUAUUCAAGCUUUGCUCUCAGCUCCUGAACCUGGUGAUCCUCAAGAUGCUGUCGUUGCACAACAGUAUCUUAGAGAGUAUCAGACAUUUGUUGGUACAGCUCGUUACUGGACAGAAAGUUUCGCCAAGGCCUCUUCUUUAGGGGUUGAGGAAAAGGUGCAACGACUCGUGGAAAUGGGUUUUCCUGAUGGUUUGGUGAGAAGUACUCUAGAAAAAGUUGGCGGAGAUGAAAACCUGGCCCUUGAAAAGCUUUUGUCCAGCUGAUCUGUGCUGGAGCUGCCAAUUGUUCCACAUCCUUUUAGAUAUUCUUCACCUACCUGGUGAAUUUGAACACCACAAUGACACACAGAAUUAUAUCUGAAUAUAAGCUCUUUUUAUUUACUCAGAUCUGAUUCCAUAGAUUUCUCUUUUUUGUCGACUAUGCUUAUUAACUUUUGUUUAACAAACGUUGUUACUUGCACUUUGUUAAAAGGCAGCUUCGAGUUGCCAGUACUGGUUUUCUUGAAGAUUAUGUGUAUGCUAAGUCCUAACCUUGUAAUGAAUAAAAAUCCGAAUUGUAUGGAGAAGAAUGAUGCUUGAUUUAAUUUC